UCGGCUCGGAUACAGGUGCAAAACAAUCAUACCCAUGCACUUCUCUGUUAUAGAAAACGAUUAGUUUUAACUAUAAUAAUAAUGAAAUGUAUCUGUUCUCGUCUCGAGUCUGUUCUAUAGCGAUCAUAUGUAUAUAUAUAGAUAUAUACUAUGUUUAUUAUUUGUAUCGGGCAUACGUACACCUACGUGUGUAUGUCUUCAGAAUGAAAAUACCUGUAUGUGAUCGAGAGCGAACGAGAUAGUAAGAGUUGAUAAGAAAGAUAAGUACUGUCAUUAAUGAUGAGUCUGUUAUUUCGAGGCUGUCUUGCGUUUAUUUUCCUGUUUUAUCACCUUCAAACGUAGAAUGACAGAACUUAUUGUAUAAAUAAGCAGGAGGUCGACACGCUCAUAGAGCGAAAGUCGUUGAUUUAGAGAAUAAUCAACAUCACACACAGCAGUUAUUGCUUCUGUCAAUCAUUUUUCUGUGAAUUAGAUAUUUGUCAAUUGAAUAUGUGUUAUUGUGCAAUGUUGAACAAUUACUGCGUAUCGAUAAAAAAUGUUCUUUUUUAUACUGAAUUCGAGUUUAAUUUCAUAUGUAUCCCAGCUUUACAUUAUAUUUCCUUCAAGGAUAAUCAAGAAAAAGUAGCUAUUAUGUCUUUAAUAUUUUACAUUUACUUUUGAAUUAUGAUGUUUGAAGGAAGGAAAAUGAAAAGCUAGGAUACGUACUAAACUAUCACCGAACAGGUCGUCUAUAAGAUUGUAGAUUGGACUAAUGUAACGGAAAGUGGAUGGAAAAGUGCGUUUUUUGCCAGUUAAAAAUUAAAAUUGUUCGAAAAAUUCAGCAAUCUCAUAACAAUAUUAGGUACUAAUAUUAUAUGCUUGGUUAAUAGAGUUUAUUUAACUGUAUAUAAAAAUUCCCCGAGGAACCUGUGUAAAUGACUCUUUUUAAGCAUAAUUGACCUAAAUAUUACAUUAUUGUAAAUAUGACAGAUUUUAUACUUAUCGAACGUGUAUAUCUACAUCGUUAAAAAAACAUAGAUGACGUGUCCUUCAAGUACAUGCAAGUUUUUUCUGAAGGACGAUUGACUGGCACACAGCAGGCGAAUAACACAUUUUCAAACAAGAAAAUAAUACAUAGAGAUCCAUAAAUAAAUUAUUUUGAUGGUUUUCUAUGACUAUAACUUUAUGCUUUUUAACUUUCUGUUUUGCAGUAAUUAUCAAUAAAUAUAAUAUAUAUGUAUAUAAGGGGAACUACUGUGGUUGUGAGUAUUUCAGAGACGAUAAAAAAUAGCUGAAGGACUUCUUUUUUUUGUAAGACAAACGAAUAGUAUUAGUACUAUAGACUAAAAAAAGAAGUCAUUUAUCAUUGAAAAACUUUUUCUUUUAAUCUUUAAACUCUAAUUUUGAAUAUUUUGAUCACUGACCUUAUCACUGAUCAUUUAGAGUUUAAAUAUACUUUAUGUAAUUAUAUGGUAUCUUAAAGUUCAAAUUUAGUAUCAAUAGGAGAGAAGUAAAUAAAGUGAUGGCAACAAAAUUGUCUUCUUCUUCUCUCUAUUGUUUAUAUCUCAUCUAUAUAUAUAUAUAUAUAUUUAAAGUUAAUAUAAUAGAAUCAUAUGUGUUACAAAUUGUCUCUAUUGCUCAAAGACAAUAUACGUUUAUACAAAUGCUGGAAGAAUUAUAUUACAAUGGAGGAAAAAAAAGAAAUGAAAUUUGAAUAGCUAAAGAUCUACCUUUUUUUUUUGAAACAAUGAAGGACAUACAUAUUUACUUAUCACGUAACUUUUGCUUGGAUAUCUUCUACAAAUAUUUUCAAGCUCUAUUCGUGUCAACGUGUAUGUUAGAACUAUUUUUAGAUUUUAACUAAAAUAACAUUUGAAGUUUAUACGAGCAAAUUGAACUCUAUUACUCAUCAAAGAUUUUAUUUGUUUAAAUACUCACCUAGAAAUAUGUUAAUGAUUCUUGUUUUUCUUUCUUGAUCGAUCUAUUAUAAUGUAUAUUUCAAAAAUGAAAAAUAUUUUAGAGCCAUUUUUGAUCAUAUGAAAAUAAUUUGAUCUUAUUUUAAUUAUAAAAAAUCUUUUUUUAAUUCAUUUCUAUUUCUGAUCCUAUAUUUUCUUCGAGGGGUGAGAAAAUAUAUGCAUCUAGUAUAAAAUCGAUGCAUCUAAAUGUGAAGAUGGAAAGUCUUCUCACUCUCAUCUUUUCCCUCCCCCUCCCCUCCACCUCUUGUCUCUUUUCGUCUUCCAUCUUUACAUCUAGAUGCAUCGACUUUCCAUCUUCACAUUUAGAUUCAUCGACUUUAUACUAGAUACAUAUAUUCUGCCACGUAUGUUUUCUUCUGUAUAAUAUUAGAUAUUGAUUGAAGCAAUUGAACAUUUAAGAGCUUUAGUACAUUUUUCAUUUUAUAAUCUAUUGUUUAAUGAUAUGUAAACAUAUUUGUUUCUCUCUCUCUCUCUCGUUCUCACUUUCCUCUUUCGGACAUAUUCGUCAUAAAUUUAAUAAAUCAUGUAUAGUCUUAUUAAAUAUUCAUACCGAUUGAACAUAUUCAUUAUAGAUAGUUUAACUCUAUAGUGCAAAUAGACUACCAAAGAAAUUUUAACAAAUAAGUGACUAUAUUAUAUGAACAUUUAUUUAUUAUUUAUCAUGAUAUAAGAUCAAACAUGUUAAACUGCUAUAUAAACAAUAUUAAUUAAUGUUUUCUUGUAUACAAUCUCUAAUAUUAUUUUAAAAAUAUAUUCAAAAAUAUGAAAUUAAAAGCUCCUUUUCUAACGUGGCAAAAUGUUGUAUGUGUUCAGCAAGAUGCCAUAAAAUUUUUACAGUUUUGUUUGCAUAAAAAGUAUGAAAAUCUCAUUGUUCAUAUCAUCUUUUUCUCUGUUUUUUUUUUCUCUGUUUUGUUUUGAAGUAGCGAAACCAUUUUAACAAUUAAUGAACGAACAUCUUUUAUGAAUAUUUUUAUAUGCACAUAAAUUUGUUGUGAAACCAUAGAAAAAGUAAUCUUUAUUCAGAAAUGUAAAAAGAAAACGUUUUUUUGACAAGAGUUACGCUACCAAUUGUACGGUUAUGUUUUUUGUUUUGUUUUUUAGAGUAUAAAUGUGUCAAGAAAUAGUUUUAAAUAACAAAUGAUGGACGCAAAAAAGAGUUAUUUUUGGCACUAAAUAGAACAAAAUACGUUAAAGAUAGAGCACGUACUUUUACUCUCUUAGUAGAAUGUGAAGAAACAAAAAACCAAUAUAUAUAUAUAUAUAUAUAUAUAGUCAGUUUUUGUGUACAGUAUUAUAAUUUUUUUUCUUAUUGGUAAACGGACUCUCUAUAUUUAUUUUGACAUUACUAAAGUUACUUUAACAUUCCUCUAAUAAUCGGUCAUAAAGUCACGUAAACUACAUCAAGUUUUUCUCAUUUACUUAUUUAAACAACAACGUCCUUAUCUGACUUGACAUCUGGGACUAAUCAGCCAGUUAACAAGAUGUAACUCUUACUCAUUACAAGUACAUUUUUAAUAUAGAUACAAUAUAGAUUGAUUUCAAACGAUCGUAUAGAUUUUUGACAAAUAGAGUAUGAUAUUAGAUGUAAUACUAUGACCCUAUAUUUUUUAUUCAAUAUCUAUCGAUAAUAUUUAUCUAAUAAAUUUAUUAAAAAUUUAUUUUUAAUUAAUUUUAGUAUGAAACUUAUGUCGUUUCAACUAUUAUCAUACGUUAUUUUUUUAUUAUUAAUAAGUAAAUGUUAUUCUAAAUCUUGUGAUAUUAUCGAAAAUUUUAGGUGUGAUUGUCAUGUUCAUUUGAACGAUUAUGGUCAAUUAACAUGUGAAACAUAUAAAAGUAUUUCAUCAAUAGUAAUUAAAAAAGAAAUAGUUCAAUCAAGAAUUUAUUUUAAUAGUUAUAUACUCACAUUUCGUGUUGAUAACUUAAAUAUAUCGAGUCAAUUUAUUAGUGAAUUAUCGUAUCUUUUUCCACCACUCACUAGUAAUAGUAACAAUUAUUUAUCACAAAUAACACCAAAAGAUGUUAGUUUUAUUAAAAUAUCACUUAUUUUUUCACACUUUCAACAAUUACAUUUUCAAGAUUAUGUAUUCUAUGAAUUAUUUGAUCAAACAAAUCAAUAUCAACAACAACGUCAGACAACACUUAAUUUAGAAAUGUCAUCAAAUGGUCAAAUUACAAUGAAUCCAAUGGCAUUUUAUAAAUUAUCCGUUGGACAAUUAAUUAUUCAUGCCUCAUCACUCGGCGAUUAUCCUUUUGAAUAUGUGUUUAAUAAUACGAAUAUCGGUGAUUUAUCUAUCGAAGGUUUUACAUUGAAAAGUAAUAAUACGUUAAAACAAUCAUAUAAUGGUCAUAUAAAGUCAGCUAAAUUCACAAAAAUGGCCGAAACAUUAAGUUCUGAAGAAUUUCCUAUGAUACCAGUGAAAUCGUUGACUAUUGAAGUACAUGAACCACGAAAAAUAAAUUCGAGUACAUUCAGAUUAUAUGAUAAUUUAAAUGGAUUACAUAUUAUUCAACCAAGAUUCAAUUUAGAUAAUACAACGUUUAAUGGUUUACAACAUUUAAGAAAUUUAGAAACAAUGGUUUUGGACUGUGAAACGAUAAAAUCUGACACGUUCCAUCAUGUGCAGAGAUUAAGAUUUUUAACACUUGGUGCAAAUUUGAAAAUAUUAUCCGAUAAAUCACUGAAUCAUUUAAAACAUUUGGAACGACUCGAUUUAAGUAAAAUACUAUUAGAUCAAUUAUCUGUUACAUCACGUUGUAUAUUAGCCAAAUUUAUCACAAAUCAUAUUAAAUCGACUCCAUCUUUAAUUGUUCAUCCUCCGCAAGGCGAAGGAUGCGAUUGUAUCUACGAUUAUAUUCUUACCAUAUUAAAUAAAAAUCCAAGUUCAUAUUAUAUGGAUAAUUGCAAAGACAGUCAACAAGAACGUUGUCUACUAAGUGAAUGUAAUGUAGUGCAAAACUUUAGACCGCCGUUAGAUAUUUCAUCACCCACAUCGUUCUUAGAAAAAGGUCAGUAUAAUGAAUCAUCACCAUUUGACUAUCUUCGAAUUAUUGAUGGACAAUUAGCGGAAUCUGUGGGCAACGAACACGAACAAUCGAAUGAACAUCAGCAAUCACCACCAUACUAUGAGCCUCACAAGCAAAAAUCGCCAAUCAGUGGAAAUGGAAAAUCAAUUUAUGAUAGCAAUAGCGAUAGUGAUACACAAGUGGUUAUUUUAAGUUCAGCAGAAGAUCGAGUUGUAAACGCUCAUUCGGCAAUGCCUCUAUUUUUGGGUGAUUCAUCAGCAUUAAAUAAAUUACCAGAAUCACAUAGUUCCACAUUAUUAGUAGUUGAAACAACAACACUAGAUCCCUUGAUUUAUAUCAGUAACCCUGAACAAUAUAAUAGCAAAAAUAAUCAUAGUAAUAAUUUUCGAGAUGAAAAGCUCAACAUUAAUUCCAAACAUUCAAACUUAGAAUCACAAAAUCAUUCUGAUGAUAACCGACAUAUAGCACUCAAAAAUGAAAAGUGGAAAUGGAUUGCAAUUUCAUUGGCGGCUGUCACUAUCUUAUGUUUAUUAAUUGUUAUUACGAUUAUUUGGUUUUUUACUUGUCGUCCAAGAAAUCCACCAUCUGGCUUCAAACUGGUACCGCAAAGCUCAACAGUUUAA